GAUUCGACCUUUAAACCGAUGGAUGGAAACGGAUUGGGAAUAUGGAUAUUGACGAACUGUCACCUCAUUUUCCAUAUAUGAAAAAUCUAAAACACGACCGCAUUGAAUGCUGGUGGACCAUAGAUUGGACAAAACGUCUCCAAUUCACUGUUUAAUACUUCUGCUUAUCUAUCUUAUACCAUGAAUACUGUUUUGAUCGUAUUUCUUCUCGGAAGCUGCUUGAUUGCCGUCUCGAAGCAAACAAAAAAAUUGAUCAAGAACGAAGAAAAUGCCGUUGACCUUUCUGACGACAGUCAUCAGGURUUUGCAUGGUCUGGAAGUGGUUUGAGUGAAGACAAGAACAACGAACAUGGUGAAGACGAGACCCCUGAUGACGAUGAAAAUGUUUCUGAAAAUAUUUCUGGUAUGGCAAGUGCAAGUGGCGAAGAUCUGGAAAAACGUAAAAAAGUAAAAUCCGACCUUGAAAUGGACGCUGGAUGCAAAUGCGAAGGACUUACAUGUGAAUGUUGCCUGAAUGUUGACGUUAAAAUACUCCAAGGAGAAGCGUGUAUCGAUGCCAGAGCGCUUCCUGACGAAAAUGCUGUACAGGUUUCAUUGGUUUGGAAUGGAGAAACAAAGGCGAGCGUGAAAAAAUCAUUGAAACACGUUUCUUUUUGCCACUCUAUUGUGCCGACAACAGAAGGUUGUGUGACUAUCCGGGACAUUUCACUCGACUCAGAGAAAUUUGGUGGCUGCAUUUCUCUAAAGGUAACACUGCCUUUCUACGAGGAUACGUUCGAACUCGGUUGCUUUCACACGAACAUUGAAGAAGCACUCAACGAAGCAGUUAAUGAUGUACCAAUUCGGCUUAGACAUGGAAGAUGGUACGAAAGAAAGCAAACAAAAAUCAAAGCAAAGAAAACAACUCCAAGGCAUAUUCACAAGAAAAAUACUUAAAAACGUGUUUACCAUUUAUGAUAUCAUGUUAAAAUGAGUCUUGAAUUGUAAAAAUAAGAGGUACUUCGAUCUGGCUCGACAGAUAAUGAAAGAGACCUUGUGAUCGACGUUUAGAAUAAGUCUUGGUUUUUAUAAAGUAUUAAAAUGUAAAAACAAAAACAAACUGGGAAAUACAACACUACAUUAAUAACUAUAGCACAGAAAAAGUCUAAGGAGAGCACUCUCUACCAUCAACCAAUGAAAGCGCGCAUUACGAUUGGCCAAUGAGAGCACUCCUUACCAUCACCCAAUGAGCGCGCGCAUUGCGAUUGGCCAAUGAGAGCACUCUUUACCAUCACUCAAUGAGCGCGCAUUAMGAUUGGCCAAUGAGAACACUCUCUACCAUUACCCAAUAAGAGCGUGCGUUACAAUUAGCCAGUGACCAAUGAAAGCAUUUGUUAUUAUCAUCCAGUAAGGACAGUAUGGCAACGAUCAUAGAGAACUGCUUUAUUCAAAGCGGACUUAUUUUGUAAAGUGAUUUGUUUUAUUGCAUAUCAGAUACACUAUGUAAUAAUAUCACAAACAGCAAAAAGUCACCAAACAAUGACAGUACACAAAUCUACAAACAUUAAACAGAGCUUACAAGCUUGCAUGAAAAGUUGURCCGUCUAAAUCGGCGUUUAAACAACUUCAGAGAAGCACGCGAAUACUUCAUAUUCAUGCAGUGUUAGAGAAUGAAAAUAAAGAAAUAUGGAAAAAAAAAACUAUUCAAUGUGCAU